GGACGGGACCAGCAUGCAGCGCGGCCAGGUGGAGCAUGCGCACUCUCCGCUGGGAAAAUCAAUAGGAUGGAUAGAGCACUUGCGGCGCGAAGAGCAUUGUGGAUCUUUUGGCCGCCAUUAGUCCACUGCCUUGGGGUUCAGAAGGCGGGGAUUUUCGGACAGGCGCCAAAGCGACGGCGCUCUCACCUUGUCCACUGAGACCCGCUCGUUGUUGCACCCCGAGACAUGGAAGCGAAGGGUCCGGCUCAUUGCGUGGAGAAGCCGUACACGUGCUCCGUGUGUGGGCGAGGCUUCAGCCGGGCGUCCGGCCUGUCGAGGCACAGGCACAGCCACGCCGGGGAGAAACCGUGCAAGUGCGGAGAUUGUGGGAAGGGCUUCAGUUACCCUUUCGAACUCGAGAUCCACCGGCGCAGCCACACCGGGGAGAGGCCGUUCACCUGCUCCGUGUGCGCCAAAGGAUUCACGCAUUUCUCCGCCCUGUUGAAGCAUCGGCGGGUUCACACCGACGAGAGACCUUUCAACUGCCCGGACUGUGCCAAGUGCUACAAGAGCUCGGGGGAACUAACGUGCCACCAGCGUAUUCACACCGACGAGAGGCCGUUCAGGUGCUCUCACUGCGGGACCGGCUUCAGGCGAUCAUCUGACCUCACGGUGCACCAGCGCACACACACCGGGGAGAGGCCGUUCACCUGCUCGGAGUGCGGGAAGGGAUUCCCUCAGUCCUCCCAGCUCACGGCUCACCAACUGGUUCACACCAACCAGCGGCCCUUCAAAUGUUCCGACUGCGAGAAGAGCUUUAAGAGCAAGAAGGUGCUGAUCACGCAUCAGCAAGUUCACACCGGGGAGUGGCCGUUCAUCUGCUCCGUGUGUGGGAAAGGAUUUGCCCGGUCCUCCCACCUCCAGAAGCACCAGCGAGUUCACACCGGGGAGAGACCCUUCUUCUGCUCUGUAUGUGGAAAAGGAUUUGCGCAGUCAUCCACACUGCUGAGGCACCAGCGAGUUCACAAGUGAUUGCUCAGGUUGGAUUCUGCUGCUGUUGACCCAAGGAAUGAUUGCUGUCCACUGUAUUUUUUUCAUCUUCUAAUAUUCCUGGCCUGGAAUCAAAUAUAACAGAACACAAAGUGCUGGAGUACAAACUCAGCGGAUCAGGCGUCAUCUCUGGAGAACAUAAGUGAAGUUUCAGGUUAUGACUCUUCUGGCUCCCUUGAGUUACUCCAGAGCUUUGUUUCCUUCUGUGUAAAGCAGCAUCUGCAGUUCCUUGUUGCUACGGUAUGUUCUGGAUUGAAGGAUGCUAAAGAACACAAAGUGCUGGAGUAACUCAGCGGGUCAGGCAGCAUCUCUGGGUAGGAUAUGGAUAGGUGACAUAUCGGGUCGGGACCCUUCUUCAGGCUGCCUGGCACACUGAGUUACUCCAGCUGCUGCCUGACUAAUUGAGUUACUCCUGCAUUUUGUGUCCUUUAGUGUAAGCCAGCAUCUGCAGUUACUUGUUUCUCCGUUCUGGAUCAGCUGGUAACUAUUGUGUGUUUAGUUUAGUUUAGAGAUACAGCGCGGAAACAGGCCCUUCGGCCCACCGCGACCGCACCGACCAGAAAUCCCGCACAUUAGCACUAUCCUACACACGCUGGGGACAAUUUUACAAUUAUACCAAGCCAAUUAACCUCAAAACCUGGGUGUCUUUGAAGGGUGGGAGGAAUCCAAAGAUCUCGGAGAAAACCCACGCGAUCACAGGGAGAACGUACAAGUUCAAGUGAGUUUAUUGUCAUGUGCCCCUGAUAGGACAAUGACAUUCUUGCUUUGCUUCAGCACACAGAACAUAGUAGGCAUUUACUACAAAACAGAUCAAUGUGUCCAUAUACCAUUGUAUAAAUAUAUACACACACAUGAAUAAAUAGUACAAAUAACAGAUAAUAGGUUAUUGAUGAUCAGAGUUUUGUCCGAGCCAGGUUUAAUAGCCUGAUGGCUGUGGGGAAGUAGGUAUUCCUGAACCUGGUUGUUGCAGUCUUCAGGCUCCUGUACCUUCUACCUGAAGGUAGCAGGGAGAUGAGUGUGUGGCCAGGAUGGUGUAGGUCUUUGAUGAUAUUGCCAGCCUUUUUAAGGCAGCGACUGCGAUAAAUCACCCCGAUGGAAGGAAGGUCAGGUCCGAUGAUGGACUGGGCAAACUCCGUACAGAGAGGACCCGAAGCCGGGAUGGAACCCGGAUCUCUGGCACUGUAAGGCAGCAACUCUACCGCUGUGCCACUGUGCCGUGUGCCUUCGUCUUUUCCUCCCAUGAGGUCCCAAGACCUGGCUACAACUCAGAAGUGAUAAUCAGAAUAAUAGUGUAAUUGCAGCACAAAUUCUGUGUGAAUGCAGGAGCUCACUGGAAACAGCAACUGGCACUUUGUCUCCUCUUAUCUCUAUUCCUUAACAGCAAAAUUUAGGGUUAAACCCGAGGAAAUAAUUUCCCUCUACAAUGCAUAUAAAGUUGGCAAAGACAAUACGGAAUACUGGAUGUAUGCUGUCCAAUUGGAGACGUAAAACUGCAAUCUAUUCUUGAUAAGUAUUCCACUUCCGUGCGAAAAUGCGGAGACUACUGUUUUAUGGAUGGUUGAAUCAAUCUGCUGAUGCAAAACUGCCUUUCCUCUGUGACCAUCAGUCAGUAUAUUUGAUGCAGAGAAUAAUAUUAUGUAGAAGCAAGGAACUUUAGAUGCUGAUUCAUAGAGUAACUGUAGGAGCUGGAGUAACAGCGGGUCAGUCAGCAUUCCUGGAGAACGUGGAUAGGUGACGUUUCGGGUCGGGACUCUUCCUGACCUGUGUUCUCCUAUUACCCAUCACAUGUAUUUACCUAUUACCUACUAUGCUUUGUCCUGCCCCUCCUCUCUUCCAAAAUUUUUUACCCCUCCCCAAGCAAUCAGUCUGAGUAAGGGUCCAGAUUAGAAAUUUCGCCUGUCCAUGUUCUCCAGAGAUGCUGCCUGACCCGCUGAGAUUUUUAUUUUAGAAAUUCAGAGCAGAAACAGGCCUCCCGGCCGACCAGCGGUCCCAGCACAUUAACACUAUCCUACACACACUAGGGAUAAUUUAAAUUUAUACCAAGCCAAUUGGGCUACAAGCUAUGUACGUCUUUGGAGUGUGGGAGGUUUACCAGUGAAAACCCACACAUGUCGUGAGGAGAACGUACAUUUAGUUAGAUCAUGCUUGAAGAGUAGCACAGUGGUAGAGUUGCUGCCUUACAGCGCCAGAGAUCAGUGUUUGAUAUUGACUAAGGGUGCUUGUCUGUACGGAGUUUGUACGUUCUCCCGGUGUUGGACAUCGGAGAUGUGAAAGGCUGAGGUAAAUGUGCUUUCGUUGCAUUUGAUCCAAGUGCAUAACACUUUCUCUGCAACGUUCUGCUUUUGUUCUCCCCACUGUGUAAUAUGUACGCGAUCUGGUGUCAAUAGCCCCAAAUGUGAAUCUUAUGUUUCUUCCCAUUAGGAAUAAAGUCAUUUUUAUUUUGAUAAACUGGACUUUCCUGGCGUAUUGUUUUAUGCAGGGCCUGUGGAAGUCUGGGGUACAGUACACGGAUACAGCUGUGCACCGGACACGGAUUGUGCAUGCAUGUGUUGUGUGUGUCAAGCCAAUAGGUUGGGUUGUAACAUGUUUUUCCAUGCAGCACAGCGCAGCGGUACAGUCGCUGCCUCACAGAACAUUUUGUGUCUACACCCUAGUACA